AUGCAUUUCAAUAUACGUGCGUACCACCUCGAACAGCAUGCGCUACCUACCUAUCCUCAACGGCCAAUCAUAAAUAUAGUCAUCAAUAUACCUGAAAGGCCCCAAGAAGCGGAGAACCGCAGAUUGAACAGAGGGUUCUUGAAAAUGCAUGUGCAGAUCUCUCUAGAGAUUGUCAUACGCGAGCACAGAGUAAGCGCACAGAAACGAGACUCGCCUCAUGAACUCUAUGCCAGCUGCAUAAUUGAUCAUGAUACUUGGAUAAGGGACUACCAAGAGCAGGAAUCCACUUUGCGGCACAUGGAGAGCACGCUGAUGAAUGAAAAUCUCCUGUCCGUGCCACUGCCCAGGAUGUCUCCUUACUUUCCUGGUCAUGCAGAUAAAAGUCCAGCCAACGCGGUCGUUCCAGCAGUCAUCGAGGACAACGGGUGUAAAGGACGAGACGCAGAGUUCCACGAUCCAGAAUGCAGAAAACUCAUGACAACAAUCUUGCAAUGGAUCAGAGAUACGGAACCGGACAAAUACUCCACACCCAUAACUCCCCUCCCCAAUUCUUAUGAGGCAAGUGGUUUUAUAAACACACACUGUCCAUAG